AAUAGGGGUGGUCGUUUUGAGGGGGGGGCGGGUAGGAAAAGGAUAGGCAAAAAGAUAAAGCGAGAUAGAGGCGCUGCUCAUCCCUUUAUGGCGCCAGCCUGCUCACUUUUAGGAAUGGGCUUACAAUAAAUUGGGCUUAAAUAUAUAUAUAUAUAUAUAUACUCCAGAUAUUCCUUGUUAAAAAAAGGGAUGAGAUUUUAUUUAUUGAACUGCCUUCCCAUCCCAGCGUUAUAUUUUCAUAGGGGUUAAUAAAAGAUUAGGAGGUGUUUUGUUUUUUUUUUGUUAUUUCUUAAAAGAAGAUUUUGUUUUAUCUUUCUUAAAUAAGGCAGCUGGCAGUUGUCGCAAAGCGAAGGGUGGGUCGAAAGGGGUGCAGACAUGUCUCUGAAAGUCACCUUGUACGAGUUGGCGGACAUCUCCAUAGGGACUCCAGAAGUUGGCCAUGUCAAUUUCAAUGCCCUCCACACCCUCCUCCAUGCCAUCCUCAGGUACCUCAAAAUCCAGGAUGCCAUGGCGGAGGUCAAGGUGGAUCGGGGCCCGCCAUCCAAGCCAGACGUGCCGGUGGCUAUUGAGACGGGGGUUGGGGAGAUACUAUCCGAUGAAGAGUUACUGAAGGGCAAGGAUGGCAGGGCAGGCAAGGAGAGCCGGGAAGGCAGGGCAGGCAAGGAAGGCAAGGAAGGCAGGGCAGGCAAGGAAGGCUUGGAGGGCAAGGAAGGCAAAGAAGGCAAAGAAGGCCUGGAGGGCAAGGAAGGCAAAGAAGGCCUGGAGGGCAAAGAAGGCAAAGAAGGCAGGCCCAGGAAGGAAAAGGGGGUUUCAGACAAAGACAUAGAAUCUCGCCUUGACGACUUGGAAAAGCAAAUGUUCGCACUGCAGGCUAACCUCCAAGGGAUGGCAGAUCAGGUGCAAGGGGUGGAAGAUCAGGUCCAAGGAAUGCAAGAUCAAGUGCAGGGAGUCCAGGGGAAAGUGCAGGGGUUGGGAAAGCGGGUCAAAGGGUUUGAACAGCAAAUGUCUGGCCUAGAGAAGCUGCCUUCUGGUACCGACUUGAUGGAUAAAGCCAGGAGUGGCUCUGUGGCCGAUCUAUGGCAAGCGAUGCAGUUGCAGAAGAAAGUUGAAGCCAACGAAGAGGGCAUCAACAAGGCCAUAUCUUUGUUGCAGGAUGUAAUAGAUGAGGCUGGCAAAAUGAAGGCAGCCACAGCUAAUUUAGAGGAUGAAGUACAAAAAAUCAAGGAUCACUUAGCAUUGUUGGACCCCCAUGCAUUUGACGAUCGACUGAAGACUUGCUUAAGUGAUCAGAUAAGUUUGGAUAACGAAGUGAAAGACUUAGAGAAGAGGCUGAGCCAGUUUCCUUCCCCAGAGGAGAUGAGCAAUAUGGUGCGGUGGGACGUUCUAGAGGACGUCCUCGUGAAAGGGAAGAGGAGCCCAUCUCCCGUGACAAGUCCAGUCCAACACUCUCCAACUGAUUCUGCAACCUCUCCAGAAAGCAGAGCCACUCCUGGAUCUCCGGGAACUUUGCCUGGCACUCACAGAAGAGAAGGAACACCGGCUGGUGCACCAGGGGCUCCAAGAAGUGCUCCAGCAGGCAUUCCUGGAGCUCAGCCAGGCCAGCCUGGUGUUGCUGGUGCUCCAGGGACCCAGCCAGGAGCUCCUGGGGCCCAGGCACCCUAUCCCGGGGCACCUGGGGCCUAUCCCGGAGCCCCUGGAGCCCAAGCACCCUAUCCUGGGGCUCCUGGGGCCUAUCCCGGAGCCCCUGGAGCCCAAGCACCCUAUCCUGGGGCACCCGGGGCCUAUCCUGGAGCACCCUAUCCUGGGGCACCUGGGGCCUAUCCUGGUGCUCCUGGAGCCUAUCCCGGAGCCCCUGGAGCCCAAGCACCCUAUCCCGGAGCACCUGGGGCUUAUCCUGGUGCACCUGGGGCCUAUCCUGGGGCUCCUGGAGCUCAGCCUGGUGCUCCUGGAGCCCAAGCACCCUACCCUGGGGCACCUGGGGCCUAUCCCGGAGCCCCUGGAGCCCAAGCACCCUAUCCCGGAGCACCUGGGGCCUAUCCUGGGGCUCCUGGAGCCCAGCCUGGUGCACCUGGAGCCCAAGCUCCAUACCCUGGAGCAGCCGGGGCAUACCCUGGGGCACCUGGAGCCCAGCCUGGGGCACCUGGGGCUCAACCUGGAGCACCUGGGGCCCAGCCUGGCGCACCUGGAGAUGAAACAGCCUAUCCUGGAGGCCUGGCGCCCUAUGCCGGAGCCUAUCCCGGAGCCUAUCCUGGAGUCCUUGGCGCCCAGCCUGGUGAAGCCUUCCCUGGAGGCGCUGUCAUUCCAUGGAUACAAACUGGAUUUCCCGGACCCCCUCCAUUCUAUCCUGGUUCUCCUGAUGCCCAAGCUGGGUACCUUGGUCAGCCUGGGAUUCUUUGGCCCAGUCCUCUUGGUUACCAGCCUGGUGAGGGGGCUGGUGCGCAGCCUGGAAUGCAGCUUGUAUUGCCCCCUGGGCCUGUCCUUGGAGCUACACCUCCAGCAUCUCCGCUGCUCUCCGCCACAACCCCCAUGCCACUGUCCGAGUCUGGCUCCACUUUGGCCCCAGCCCGCUACUCUGAGACUGUGGAUGCCCUGCGGUCUCUCGCUCAACUGACGGACUUGUACUAUGCUCUGCGAGACCAGAUCAGCCUCCUAGAUCAAUUCAAGUGUGGCUACGCCGAUCUCCGCAGGCUGCAAGACUUCCUCACAGAUGCACUUUACCGGAACAUUGCUCUCAUCCCACCUGAUCUUCCUGAAAAGCUUGCUGCACUCCAGGCCAUGGAAGAAGACAUGAAAACUGAGAAAGAGAAGUUAAACAAGAUCCAGAAUGUACUUGAAGGAGAGCUGGCAGAAACAGAUGACAAACUGGAAGGAGCUGGUCAGAUCAACAUGCAGAUAGGUUUUCUGAGAGCAACAGUGCAGGAUAUAGAGAAAGAGCUAAAGGAGCUCAGAAACAAGCAGGAUACGGGGAAAGCCAAGCUGGAGCAGUCAGUGACCGACACUGCCAUCUACCUGCAAGAACAGUUAGACAAGCUUAGAGGUGUCAUAGAGAACAUGAUGGCUUCCUCGUCCACGCUGCUGUCCAUGAGCAUGCCGCCUACCCCGGAGCCUGGGGUGGCUCAGGUCCAGAGCACAUGUGCAGCUUGUAGCUUAGAUGUCAGUGAGAAGGUUAGCCAGCUGUUCAAGCGCUAUGAGCAGCUGCAGGACUUGAUUAACAACUUCAUGUUAAGGCAGGCAGAAGGCAAACUAGCCAAGAAACCCAAGCACCGCCAGGAUGAAGAGAUGCUCAACCAGAUCCAAAGCACCAUCCUGCAAGUUCAGGAUGACUGUGAGAAGCUGAACGCCACUGCAGGCACUCUUGUAGAAGAUCAUCGCCAGAAGCAGAAGGAGAUAAGUAUGUUGUUCAAGUCCUUGGAGAGACUAGAAAAUGUAAAAGCGGACAAAGACAGCCUUGUGAUGGAAAUCGAUGUGAAAGCAGAUAAGGCUGCCCUUGCUGCGAAGGUCAGCCGUAGCCAGUUCGAUGCCACCACGGAGCAGUUGCAUAAGAUGAUGCAGGAGCUGUUGAACAAGAUGGCUGGGCAAGAACAAGAUUGGCAGAAGAUGCUUGACAAACUCUUGAUUGAAAUGGACUCCAAGCUGGACCGCUUGGAACUGGACCCCUUCCGACAGCAGCUGGAGGAGCGCUGGAAGGAUAUCCGGAAACAGCUGAAGGAGAGGAUGCCACAAGAAAUAGGAGACGAAGCUGCUGGGAUCAGGAGGAGACUCCUGGCCCAUUUCCACUGCAUCUCUUGCGACCGACCUUUGGAAAUGGUGGUUCCUGGCCCACACAUCACUACACUCCCUGCUGUGCCAGGUUUACCUGCUCACCAAUCCCUCCGGCCAUACAUGGUUUAUGAAUUGGAACAAAUCAGGCAGCUGAACCGCAGUCUGAAGUUAGGACCUGGUGUUCGUUUUGACGCACUGGAGAAGAGUGCGAGUCUCAAUAAGCUGCGCCGCAUCCAUUCCAAGAUGCUCAUGGAUAUACAGAAGGUGCAGAGCCAUUACAGUGGUGGAGCAGCGAAGGUCAACGCUCAGAUGAUCAGGGAGAUGCUGCAGGCCCAGUGUCUUGGCUCAACCCCGUAUGGCAAACGCGACAGGCUUGCUGAUAUGUCAGACUUCAGCUACAUAAGUGUUCCUCGGCACUGCGGAGGCAGCCACACCCUCACUUACCCAUACCGGCGUUACGGACGGCUGCAGCAGUUUGCACAGUCUAUGGCACCAGUCCAACCGGACGAAAACGCCAUGUUGGCUGUGAUGAAGCAUGAAGAGGUAGAUAUACUGGGUCUUGAUGGUCAUAUCUACAAAGGACGGAUGGACGCACAACUCCCAUCAAUAACUGGAAAGGACGGUGUUUUAAGACCGAGAAACAAGCUCAUUCGGUCGUCCUCACAAAGGCAUCAUCCCACGCUCAGUGACAUUGCCAAUCUUCCAGCUCGUCCCCACACUGCCAAAGUGUCUUUGCGCAGCAUGUCAGCUAAGUCUGCAGGGGACAAAUCCACAACCCAUUUGCGGAUCACGGAAGAGCCUGGAAUGCAGGACAGAGAAACCAUUGAGCUACGAAUGACGAUUCCCUCAAGACACUCAGAUGAGCAGUCAGCCUAAGCAGAGACCCACCAGCUUUGUGCCCCAAUGAAAGCAUGGUUCUUACAGAUGAAAGCAAGACAAUAAAGAGUGAACAAAAUAUGAAGAAGAUCAUGCAGACAUACUGCUGCCACAGGAACACAGCCUUUUUGCUGUGCUUUGGCUACAGCAGGUGCAGUCUCUGUGGUUCUUCCAUACAGUGAUGUUUGCAUGGGCUGGGCUGGGCUGGUAUGGGCUUGGGACCAAAUGUGUUUUGGGGGGGGUAGCAACAUUUCCUUCUGUAGAAACCAGUUUUACUGGGUCAGCGGCCAUUCACUUUAUUUGCCCAAGGAAAUUGGUUCUUCAAUACAAAUUCUUCUGUUCAAACCAGUUAAAGAGACAGCUGAUUUCAAGUCUCAACAUCUUCAACUUCCUCCUUUUCCUCUUGUUGUUUCUUAUUCCAGAGCCAGGCACACAUUGGCCACUGAAAUAAAAAAAGUUGCUGUGACAUAAAGGACCAAUCCGGUUUGGGGUCCAGCUAAUUGCUGCCCCUGUUGACUUUAGGGAAGGUGGGGGGAAAGAUACAAGACUGCAGUGGCUGAGUGGAGCACUGCAUGUUGGGCUAUGUAUUCUUUAGUUGUUGCAGUUUUAUCUUAGGAAGUUAAUACAGUUGCUUUUGGGUUCAGCACGUAUAACUCAUGACAAAAUUUAUCACUCCUACGUUCAUUAAUAAAUAUGGAAUUCAUAGCUUU